CCCCAAUCUUCACUUGCAUUCAGUUUUCGCGUAUUUGUCAGCAAUAACGGUAGUUGUUUAUCAAUCAGUCGGUGAAAGUGGGAGGCCUUCGAUAAAAAUAAACACGACUUCUUUAUUUUUAAUUAAUAGCCUUUGGAAAAAUACAGUGUGCUAAUACAAAUCAGCUUUAUGACCAACACCAGAAACAACAACAAAGCGACAAACCGCAGGCGUAAAAGGCCACUGUGAUACGUACUGGAACAAAGCGAGUGGUUGCAAAAGCCACCUGCAGUUAAAUAAGUUUCCUCGCAUUUACUCUGCUCACUAUUUCGCUGUUUGAAAGUCAAUAUUUGUUAACAAACCCAAGCUGCAGCAAUGAGUUCAUACCCUUUCGUCGCACCCGGAACUGUAGGUUUUUUAGUAAUAGCAAUAGGGCUUUCUACGCUAACAUCUGGUAGCGUAAUACCUGCAGCGCUGCGGGGUGGCCCCGUUGCACCUGAACAAGGUCUUUAUGAUGCCAAGGAUAAGGUGACAAUACUUACAGUGAAUAAUUUUAAUGAUACAGUUCUGCAUCAAAAUCGCUCCUUGCUUGUAGAGUUUUAUAAUACAUUUUGUGGACAUUGUCAACGCUACGCUCCGCGCUACAAAGCUCUAGCGGAACGUUUGUAUCCGUGGCGAGAAACCUUACUGGUGGCGGCGAUCGACUGCAACGCAUUCGAAAACACUGGAAUUUGCCGUGAUUAUGAAAUAUUUGCAUACCCUACAUUACGUUACUUUUCACCUGGCUUUAUGUGCAAAGAGGGAAGUUAUGGUCAAGAGGUCAAAGCACAUGUCGAACUAGAUGAGCUUGCGUCAAAUAUGGCUCAAAGGUUAGCAGCAGAAAAUGGCACGGACAGCUUGCCGAAUUUUCCAAAUCUUCACAGUGUCGGCGAAAUUGAUGAAAAAACACUUUUCAAUGGCUUGGAUAGCAAUAAAAAAUUUGUGAUAUUAGCGUACGAACCGGAAAAUAGUACUUUAGGAGUAGAGAGUGCUUUACAAUUCCACUUGUGGCCAGAUGUACAAGUACGACGCGUCAACGACUUAAAUGUGGCCAACAAAUUCCAAAUCGAUGGUAUCCGUUAUAAGAUAGCAACAGUUGAUAGGCAAGGAAAUGUAGUACCUUAUGGAGUAGCAGAGGACACAGCCGCUGCAUACGCGGCUACAAUUGAAAGUUUUCUAGAAGCUCAGCAUUUUAAACCGCGCUUAACAAAAACACCAACAACCGAAGAUAGCAUUGCACAAGUUACUGACAAAGACAGUGGACGAGCUGCUAUUAUCAAUGAAGUGCUUCGUAAUAAGCAUUUCGUUUAUCAGUCUGAUCUAGAAAUGGCCAUACGGCAAAUGUUAUUCAACGAACUUCCAAAAGCGCAUGAAAUACACGGCGAACAAUUGUUAGCACUGCAGCGUAUGCUCGCCGUAUUGCAACGCUAUCAUCCACUUGGCCCACAAGGCAAUGAAGUCAUCCGACGCAUCAACGAAUAUGUGCUGAAUACAAACGAAUCGUUGAAAGGUGCCGAUUUUCAAUCCGAGGUAGAACAUUUGAAUAAGACUUUCGGCCCCAUAUUCUCAUCGAAUCACUUUGUCGGCUGUGUGGCCUCUCAGCAUAACAAACGUGGCUAUACUUGUUCGCUGUGGACACUUUUCCAUUACCUUACGGUGCAAGCAGCGCGUCGAGAUGUCAAUAACGAUCCGCUAGAAGUGCUAACAGCCAUACAUGGGUAUGUGAAAUACUUUUUCGGCUGCACACAUUGUUCCGAGCAUUUUCAGGUAAGUGCACCGAUGAAAGGAAAAUGAAUGCCUACAUAAGUCAUAAGAACAUGAAAAUACGCGAAUAAGUAGAAAUAAUAAUAAGCUUUAAAGGUUGUUUGCAUUAUCUACUACACACGCGUUUCAAAGUGAUAAAUAUUGAUUUUUUUUUUUUGCGAAGGAUUUCUUUACUGUCAAGUUAAAUAUAAGCAAGUAUUUAAGCGAUAAUUAUGGAAUUGAUGACACCGUACCUACAUUGACUCA